AUGGAGAACAUCCAUGAUUUUGAUACAAUAGACAUGGAGCUAGACGUAUACUUCAAAAAGAAACCAGUUUCCCAAUGCAAAUAUGAAUUUCUCAAUAUUCAAUGUGAAGAAGAUGAUGGCAAGGCAGUAGAUGAUGCUCUAACUAAAAAUAAUAUUCAAGCUAGAAAUGAUGCUCAAACCGGAAUCAAUAAAGAAGAUUCAGACGAAGAUUAUCUGGAAGGUAGUAACAAGGAAGAUAGUGAUGAGGAACUUGAGUAUUCCACCCAUAACCCAAAGGGUCUUGUUGAAGCUAGUAAGGAUAUUCGACCCUAUGUUGAGCAUAUGCAAUGUGCUAGGCAUAUCUAUGCCAAUUUUAUAAAAGUUUAUAGUGGAGUGGAGCUUAGAAACAUGUUUUGGGUAACUAUACAAUCUACUACAGAAGGAUAUUUCAAGUUUAAUAUGGAAAGGAUCAGGGCAAUAAGUUUUGGUGCUUAUGAUCAUCUCAUAGCAAGGGAACCAACUUCAUGGUGUAGGGCUUAUUUCUCUACUGGCUUAGCUUUGAGGCUGUAG